GCUACAGUCCGGACGAGGAUUUGAUGGCCUGCGCUUAGCUGGCGCUGUUUCUGCAGCAAAGCUUGUGGAUUUCUAGGGCUCGGCCAGUGAUGGAGGAGGUCUUUCGGCAGACCCUGGGGCAGUGGUCGCCCAACGGGAAGUACCUGGCAGGGGCGCAGCAGAAUCGGCUGCAGAUCCGGGAGCCGGAUUCCAUGAAGCUGCUCCAGGUAUUCAUUUGCAUUGACAAGGUGGAGAGGAUCCAGUGGUCCCCAGACAGUCAGUUCUUGCUCACGGAGGUGGCGCGCCAGGGGCUUCUGCAGGUCUGGAGCAUGAGGGACGCGGAGUGGAGCUGCCGGAUCUACGAGGGCCCGGCCGGCAUCGCGUCGGCGCGGUGGAUCAACGGGGAGACGGUGCUGGUGACCACCGAAUUCCAGCUCUACCUCUCCCUGUGGCAGCUGGAUGGGAGCACUGAGGCGGGAAGUGUAGCGCAGAUCCAGCGGCCCAAGUUCGGCAACCGGGGGGUGGCCUUGAGCCGGGACCAAUGCUGGCUGGCGGUGUUGCGACGGCUCGACUGCAAGGACCGUUUGGGUAUCUACAACUGCGAAGAGAGAUAUGCGCGGCUGACGGACGCGGUUUUGCCCGGGGAUGCGGCCAACCUUGCGUGGGGGCCAGACGACAACACGAUCCUGGUGUGGGAGAUGCCUGGACCGACGCCCUGGUGCUACGUGUACUCUCUGGCGGGCGAGUGCCUGGCAAAGAUGGGGGACAUCUUGCAGAGGGGUGUGGUGCCGUCGCCCUCCAUGCAGCUGCUGGCGGGCUGCGGCAUCGACCGGCGCCUGCAGCUGCUGAGCACUGUUAGCAAGAAGGUGCUGGCUUCCUUGCCCCACGACCUGGCGGUGGCCAUGUCGGAGUGUGAGGCGGGGGAUGAGGUCUUCUUUUGGGAAGAGGACUUCCAAGAUGGCCAGCUCUGCUAUCGCCGGCAGGAGGCCGCGACCCUGGAAGAGCACUUGGUGCCGGAGGCCCUGGAUGCCGAGGGCAUCCCCAGGCAGGGGGUCACUCUGGCAGUCUGGAGCCCGGACGACCGCUUCCUCGCCACCAAGCACGAGUCCUUCCCGAGCGUGGUCUGGGUCUGGGACCUUGGGCGUCUGGUGCUGGCGGCGCUUCUGCGGCACCGCGCCCACGUCCGCGCCGUGGCCUGGGACCCAUUGGCCCAGGCGGAGCGCAGCCGCCUGGCCAUCAGCACCGGGGACCCGGUGCUCUUCCUCUGGAGCGCGGGGUCGAAGCCCUCGGCGGGCGCCUGUGCGCUGUCCGGGGCGCGCCUGCGCUGGCGCCCAGAUGGGCGCAGUGUCCUUCUGCAAGAGAAGGACCGCUGCUGCACGUGCCGCAUGGGGGUGGCGGCGCUGGGCGAAAAUGUGGCUGCGCGAGCGCGGCUGGCUGUGAGCUGCAUGAGGCGUUGA